CGGCUGGGUUCGUCGAAACCCAACCUUGCUGGUUGCUCGAACCCAACCUUGUUGCGUUUGUCAAAACUCAGUUACUAGUUUCAUUAAAGCCACUGAGUUCAUCAAGCCAAUAGAUCUCAUCAAAUAAAAUUAACCCUUCAUAAACAAUAUCAUUCAAACUCUAAUCCAAUUCCAAGAAAAAUGCAAUCAAACUCUAAUCCAUAAGAAAAAUGCAAUCAAAUUGUAAAUCAACUUUUAAAUUUAUCAAGAACCGAAAAUGAAAAAACAUGAACUCAACGUCGAACCAGCAUGGCUGGGUUGGUCGAAACCCAGCCUUGCUAGUUUCGUCGAGCUUGGGUUGGUCAAACCUAGCCUUGCUGGUUGCGCGAACCCAGCAGCUGGGUUUCGACGAACCUUGCUCGCGCGACCAGCAGGGCUGGGUUCACAUGACCAGCAGGGCCGGAUUUGCGCAACCAAGACCAACAAGACUAGGUUCGUGCAACCAGAACCAGCAAGCGAAAACAGCAAGGAGAUCGGAUUUCAGCAAGCGAGAAACAUUGGAUCGGAUGAAAUGAUCGAGACGGACAGGAUUGGAUCGAUCGGAGCGGAUUUCAUGUUUGUGUUAUGAGAAAGAGUUACGGAAAAGGAAGGUAAUCAGCGGCAGCGGCAGCGAAACCCAAUCGAUCUGGGUAGGAAAGAAACAAAGAGAAAGAAAGAAAGGGAAGAAGAGGGAUUGGGAGGUGAGGGUCAUAUUGUCAUUUUAUUUUUUAAAAAUUAAAAAAAAUAUUAUUAU